UGGCUGCGGUUGCCUGCUCUUCCUUUUCGGAAACGGAGUGUUGGACUCUCAGCCGCAUAUCCAAGCGCAUGGAAGGCAUGCACGGUAGAAGGCAUAAAGUUCCGAAACGAGACACGCAAAGACUCCAGCCAGGUCUAUGUACACAUUAGCGCCUAGACGAUUGGAAAUGGCGCUGCAGUCGCUGAGAUCGGAACUGUAAGCAAGCAAGGAUUGAAGUAACGUCGCGUAAGGUUCUCCACGCUGAGUCAUGACUGCCCAACCAACCCCACCGUUUCAUGACUCAGUCCAACCAACGCAGCAGGAGGCUAGAGCGGCUACUCUUUUUCUCUUCGCUGUGCUCAGGCUAGAGAGAGAGCAAUCCAUGCCCAGGUGCCCAUAUGUGCGUAUCCCAUAGAUUGGGUCAGACGAGAAAGAUCAAGUCACGUGACACUCGCGUCACAAAUAUCGCGCGUGCUCCCUUGCCCAUAUCGCGGGUGGAUAGAUGCCUUCAGAAUCCCAAAGGCUGUAAGACAUCGGUGCAGUCCAGCUUUUCGCAGCAGCCGUACUCCUCACACUCUCUACCGCGACCCGAUAGCCAUCAAAGUGCCACAGGCCUCGAGCGUAUUCCUACCCACGCAAAUUCCAAGAAAUUCAACAGCAGCAAUUCAGAUAGUCUGCGCUGGUCUACUCCCACCCAAUCGCUUUCCCCUCGCUUACGCCUGAAAAUCUGCCUUGCAGGAUCGCACGCACGUUCACAAUCCUUCAGCCGCGCCCACGAUCCCCUCGCUUAUCCGACCCCCACCAUUCCCGAAGCGGAAAAUACCCGAGCCCCAAACGGGAAACAGGCGUGGUCCGCUGUGUCUACCUCAGAGCGCGAGGAAGGUAAGAGCGCUGGGCAUAUAAAGGGCUUGGGGCGUGGUUUUCAAGUGGACAGGUUUUGGGUCGUCGGGGGGCCGAAGACUAAAAGCGCGGAGCGGGAGGGGGUUUGCGGAAACUGGCGAUGCGGCGGCGUGGUGGAUGGGGGAAUCUUGCGAUACUAGCGAUGCUUGUGAUGGCAGGUUGAGGACGAGAUUGGGAGGUGGUGGCCGCGAUGGAAGAGUGGGGAGUGACGGUUCUUUGGGGGCUGCGGGCUGCGGGCGGUCGAGGGGGAGGGCGGAGGAAGAGACAGGCCGCCGGGGGCAUUAAUCGUGGAGGUAUAUAUGCGGUGGGAAGUCCUUCGCGUGGAAUGCAAGAGUUGAGGGCUCGCCGGUG